GGGUGAAAACAUAAAUUUGUUCUUUUGCGAAUAAGUUCAGCUACUAAACAAACAGUGAACAAACUUAUUGCGAUUGCCACGAACAUGGCCUCUCUCAAGCGUUCCUCAGACGCAUUGGUUCCAGUGGCCAAUUCGAAAAAAUCACGCACAGAUCUUGUAUCGUACACAACAAAAGAUAAACAACUGCUUGAGCAGCAGAAUGUUGAGCGUACUUCUGGCCUGCUAGGGCCUAUCAUGCUACUGGAGGGGCAUGGCGGAGAAAUAUUUUCCACGGAAUUCCAUCCCGAGGGCGAACAUCUGCUGUCUACCGGAUUCGAUCGUCAAAUUUUUCUCUGGAAGGUGUACGAUGAGUGUGAGAAUGUUGGUAUGCUAAGUGGCCACUCCGGGGCCGUGAUGGAAGCUCACUUUUCGCCGGAUGGUUCAAAUAUUUACAGCUGUGCCACGGACAAAGUGGUGGGUGUGUGGGAUGUACCGACGUGCACGCGUAUACGAAAGCUGAAAGGCCACACCAACUUCAUCAACAGCUGCCGUGGCGCUCGACGUGGACCAACGCUGAUUGUGUCCGGAUCCGACGAUUCGACGAUCAAAAUCUGGGAUGCACGCAAGCGAAACGUUGUUAAUACCUUUGAUAACGGGUAUCAGGUGACGGCAGUGUGUUUUAACGAUACAGCCGAGCAGGUCAUUUCUGGUGGCAUCGACAAUGAGGUCAAAGUGUGGGACAUUCGCAAGAAAGAGAUACUGUAUCGACUUCGCGGACACUCCGACACCAUCACGGGGUUGUCACUGUCACCGGAUGGCUCAUAUGUGCUCAGCAAUGCUAUGGACAACACGCUUCGCAUAUGGGACAUACGGCCGUACGUUCCUGGCGAGCGUUGCGUGAAGGUUUUCACCGGCCAUCAGCAUAACUUUGAGAAAAACCUCCUGCGCUGCGGAUGGUCGCCCGAUGGGCUGAAGAUCAGCGCAGGAUCUGCGGAUCGAUACGUAUACAUUUGGGACACAACAUCGAGGCGCAUUCUUUACAAGCUGCCCGGCCACAACGGUAGCGUCAACGACGUCGAUUUUCACCCUACGGAACCUAUCAUUGUGUCGGGAUCGAGUGACAAAACACUAUACCUUGGCGAAAUCGAAGCAUGAAACGUUUGAAAGCUAAACUCAUGGAAGAUCCAA